GUCAUAUUUUGACAAUUUAUGUUGCUCUUUAGGAGUUCACACUUUUCUGAGUUUUUAUUGGACAUAUUUAUGUAAGAAAUGGAUUCAGGAUUAGGUGAUAAUCACAAAUCUCCACGAUUUAAGGAUGAGAAUAAAGAAGAAAUUCAUUACAGAGAAAUUAAUGAAACAUUUGAACCACCCAAAGAAGAGCAGACAGAGUGCUCUUUAAAUGAUAAUUUGGUAACUCCGGAGAUGAUUGAAGAUAACGAAAUGAAGUUGAAAGAGAGAAUAGCACAAUGUCGAAAUGUUAUAGAGUCUUUGAAACUUGAACUAAACAAAGAAAAAUCUAAAUUAGAAAAGGAAACUAAAAAUUCUCAGGGAACUCCAAUGUCUCAAUAUAACGCCACAACUCAGCAAGACAAGAUAAACACAGAGUUUAUGUUAAGCGAUAUGUUCUCUUCUAACAUGUACAGUGCUAGUGUUGACAAUAGGCUUAAUUACGACGAAAGCCUUGUUGAAUACGAAAAACAACUACAGAGAUAUCAAAAUACUUUAAACAUGGCCCAAAUGGAGAAAAAAAACGCUAUUAGAAAACAGAUGCUUGCAAAAGCGUUCAGACUAAAACUACUAGAGGUAGAAAAUCAAUGCAAUAUUGAAUUGCUUCGGGUGAAGCAGAGCUUACAAUGCUUAGAACCGUUGCAAAUGAUCGCUAAUAAAUGGAAAACUUCUACUAAUGAAGCCACUAACGAUGAAAAUAAUUUCGAGUUAAUGCCAAGAUUUCCCGAAUUGAACGCUAUCUCUGGAAGUGAUUUAUUGGAUGCAUCCAAAGACGAUUAUGAUACAAAAGCUUCUCUUGAGAACUUAGGAAAUUGUGGAGCGGAACAAUCCUUCCUUGAAUAAUACAUUUAAAAGUGACGCUUGCCUUUUGAUUUCUAUGAGAACAUAAAUAUUAUAUUUAGAAAAA